AUUUUGAAGGUUAAUGCAUUCCAAUCAGUGUUAUCAGUGCGUUUACUUACUGCAAAAUCAAUUGUCAGUAAUUUGUGGAAUUUGAUUUCGAUUGUAUUCACUUUCACAAAAUGAACCAGUGUUUUAGAUAAUAGUGACUGAAGCAUGUAGUUUGACUUUACUAGCUGUGCUUCAGCAUGCAAAAGGUAUUGGUCAUCUAGCCACAAACCUGGUAGUCAGAUUCUUCCUCAUCUUUUGACAUGCGGCCACUCUAGAUCAAUAUUUCAAUAUGGGAAACGCAGGUAGCAACCAACCUCAUCGUGCCAAACCUGGGGAGAUUCAGACACCCUCUUCGCCUUGCAAAGACACCCAAAGUCAAGCGUUCGUUUUCUCCAAGAAACCUGCCUCGAAGCUUGUAUUCCAGAGUUCCAACGAGGAAGAGGAGCCAUAUUUCACCAAAGGAGCCAAUGAACACGAAUUCGGUGCUGUCGCCCCCAGGCAAAGAUCUGCAACAAUUUCGGAAGGAACCAAAGUCAGUAAAGUCAAGCAAGACAAACCAAGCACAUUGCCAACUGUAUUUAAAUGGGAAGGUGGCGGCAAACAGGUGUUGAUCAGCGGAACAUUUUCAAACUGGAAACCUUUGCCCAUGGUCAAAAGCCAUGGAGAUUUUGUGACCAUCAUAGAUUUACCUGAAGGGGAACACCAGUACAAAUUUUGUGUUGAUGGCGAAUGGAAGUUUGAUCCGUCAUUGGUAAGUGACAGGAUCGUGGAUAAUGGUCUAGGAACAAAGAAUAACAUGAUCAGUGUUAAAAAAACUGACUUUGAAGUUUUUCAAGCUUUGGAAAAAGACAGCGAAGGAAUCUCUUCUAGUUUACAAACUGAAUAUGGCCAAGUAGUGCCUACAAAACUCACCUGGACAAAACAAUCUGGAGUUCCUAUCUUACCCCCGCAUUUACUGCAAGUCAUUCUAAAUAAGGAUACCCCUCUGUCGUGCGAACCUACGCUGUUGCCUGAGCCAAACCACGUGAUGCUGAAUCACCUCUACGCUCUAUCAAUCAAAGAUGGAGUCAUGGUAUUAAGUGCGACUCACAGAUACAGGAAGAAGUAUGUCACUACUCUACUGUACAAGCCUAUCUUACCUGCUACAGCUUCAGCCUGAGCAAGGAAUUGUAUCAAAUUUUGUUUAUUUGUUCAAGUAUUUUAUAUAAAAAUUCUAAGGUUACUUUUUAAGUAAUAAAGUCUGUCAAUUUUAUAAAAUA